AAAAAUCACCAUUCUCACUUGAAGGAUCCAGAAGUUCUUUAUACCAAGCAAAAAUUGUGGCUACGGGGAUUUGGCUUCCCCGGUACUGUAAGCACGAGUUGGGAUGAUAAUUACUACAUGGACAGCAUUCAUCUAUUUCCGCAGAGCUUCGAAACAGCCUUUACCAGCUGGAGAAAAUCUGGAUGAUGCUGUCGUCGAACCAGAGAUUGUGACUGUCCUGGAGCAUUGGCUGAGAAAGGUGGAAGAUGAAGCUGCAAAUAUCUUUAGGCAGAAAUCAGAAAACCGAACGGAUUUUAAGAGUGAAAGCAGAUCUGAUGUCCGACCGUUUCUUUCGGUUGGCCAAGAUGUGGCAGCAGCCCGCUCCAAACCAGAAACUUGGGAGAAGUUUGAAGACAGGAGGCCAGCCAAGAUUAAAAAUAUGGACUUUUCAAGUAUUUCUGACAUCAGACUUUCCUGCAGUUCUAGCCAGGAGCUUCUGGAAGACCGAAUGAGAAUUCAGUUUAUGCGUUGGAGCCAAACUCGGGUAUAUCCUGUUACAAGUGACAUGAGAAAGGACGCCAUGCAGGAGAGGGUGGAUAAAGUGAGGAACAGCGUCUCCAGAGUGAUGUUCCAGGCAUGUUCGGAUGCUGAAUAUAGCCCAUCUGAUAGUGAUCUCUAUGUCUCAAUAUCCACAACUUAGACAUAACCACCAGGCAGAGAGGUCCAUGGCUGCCUCAUCCAUUUCCCUCCCCAGCUUCUCUCUCCUUCUUCUGUGACAAAUUCAGAUUUCUUCACAUCGCUAGCCGAACAGCAUGAAUCCUGGAGAAUCUUAGUUUAAUUUACGUUGCCUUGGUUCUUGGGUGUUUGCACAUUUUUGAACGAUGAAUAAAAACUCCUAAUGUUAAAAG